AUGGAACCGAGAACAACUUCAACACAACGGUCGAGACCAAUAUCCUCAAGCUGUACAAAAUGUUGGAAAAGGGGUCCAGAAAACAGAUGUGCUAUUACCAGCGUAAGUUUAUUUAGGGGGUUUUAUUUGUUGAUUAACCAGAUAGCCGGCAUUGGGAACGAUAUCAGAAGUGGGUUUGAGGAGUUUAGAGAUGGGGGUUGGUUUUCCUCCUUGUUUGAGAAUAUCAAGUCGGAUAUUGACGACUGGAUCGCAUUCAGUGUUGAUUACCAUGUCAUCAAGGCAUACACGUAUCUGAUGCGCUACUACGUUGAAGGAGACAAGAUCUAUCUGUUUGGGUUCAGUAGGGGCUCGUUUAUAUCACGAAUUCUUGCCGGCAUGAUUGAACGGAUCGGAUUACUGAACCAAGGCUUGGAGGUGAUGGUGGGCACUGCAUGGGAAAUCUACCGCAAAUGGGAGGAACAUGGCCAGCCAAUUGGUCAUGAGUGGACAAAUUCAAGCGCAAAUGUGUUCAAAAAGACGUUUUGUCGGGAGAAAGUGGACAUCAAGUUCAUGGGGCUGUGGGAUUCUGUCAACUCCUGUGGAAUCAUAAGGGACAGACUGUUUCCGUACGCGUCAGUCACUCACCAUGUCGAACAUGUAAGACAUGCGGUCAGUAUUGACGAACGGCGUGCAAAGUUUAAACAGAACCUGUUUAUUCCCCAUUCAUACCUACCUUCAUUAUUUACCCUCAAUUGUGUUGACGAAGAUGACCAUCAACUAGAUGACGACUUCGGUACCGACGAACUUACAGAAUCGUCGCAUUUGCUGCCUGUUGAGGCAGACUAUGUCAACAGAACUAAUGCCUAUGCGUCCCGUUUGGUAGCCAGUCCUAACGAUCUGGUGGAGCUCUGGUUUCCCGGCGACCACAGCGAUGUUGGUGGCGGAUGGAUCAACGAUCUGGACGGUCAUUCGGUUGCUAAUCUACCGUUCAGAUGGAUACUGGCGUCGGCGAUCGAGUUGGGAGUCCUGUUCAAACGUAACUCUGUCCACGAGUUUGCUACCAAGUUUUCCAGCUUGGAUAGCUUGUUAUCGUGCCACCAUGAUUGUCUGCACCUAAGACGUCGGAAACCUGUUAACCACAACCUGAAAUGUUUGAAAGCGUCUACACCAUUGCUUUAUACCACAACAUCUGCUGCUCUCGCCAGCAGUGCACAAAUCACUUCCAUUUCUGAAGAAAUGAGUGCUCUGUCCAACGACGACCUGUUUGCCAACCCUUCCAAGAACAUCACCGAGCUCCCAUCACACACAGUGUCCCGCUUUGACGGGAGAGGAACCGACACAGCGAAAAGAUGUUUAUUCUGGUGGCUUGUGGAGGUUCUUCCUGUUGGAUAUUUCGUGGAAAAUAAGAACGCCAAAUGGAGACGGAUCUACUACCCGAAUUUUGGCCGUCGAAGAAGUCUUCCACGUACCGCGCGGCUGCACUGGACGACACUUUGGCGAGCCAAGGUGAUCGACGAUUAUUUCCCGGAAAACUUGCCCGAAAAGUACAAACCGUUGUUUGAGCUUGUCAAGGCUGAAAACGAAGGGGUUGACGAUAUGGACGACGACUGCGAUUGUCAAGUGAUUACAAACGAGAACUUGAUUGAUAGAACAACAGGGGAGAUCAGGGCAGACUGUCUGGUCUGUGAUCCGGACAAAAAGAUACGUUUGGAGAUCCGAUGGAACGAGAUCCCCGACGACCUUGCAUUCUGGCUAGAUAAAGACCACAAUUUAUAG